GCAGGAGCCCAAACUGGUCCUCAGAGACAUGGAGAAGGGGGACCUGGGGACAGUGUUCAUGUGCCGCGUGGAGCACAUCGCCUUGCAGACCGCCAUCGAGCGACGCAGCGGGGAGCUGCAGGUCACAGGACACCAGGAUGCCCCCACGUCCCUGGAUCCUGAGUCCAAAGAAGGGAAUGCAGAUGAGGGAGCCCCAGGGGACGUGAGCGGUUCGCAUGACGGGACAAAGGGAGGCCCGUCCGUGCUAGAGCAGGGGUCCGGGGGCCCAAGCAGUGAGGAGGACGGGGGCGGACCUGGUGCCCCCCAGGACCUUGACAACAAGAAGGAUCUGGCCCACAUCUCUGAGCCAGAGGGAACAGCAAAGGACCAGAGUGGCGGGGAUAAUGGAGCAGCAGGAACAUCGAUGCGAGGCAGCGCAGCCCCAGAAGCGAGCAGUGACAGAGGAGCUGGUGGAGUCAGUGACAUGGAAACCCCCAGCCGGGAGACCCAGGGCCUGGGCCAGGCUGCUGCAGGGGAUGAUGCGGUGCCUGGGGGGCAGAGACGCAGCGGGCAGUGAGGAGGUGCCAGCAGAGCCCUUGGCUCAGCCCGGUGCAGGGAGCCCGGAGAUACCAGGAGGGGGAAAGAUGUAAUUUCGAGAUGGCGAGAAGGUGAAAAACACAGCACAUGUUUGAGGCACCCACAACUUCAUGUGACACUUGAAAAAGGUGUUCCAGGUUUGUCAGUCAUGAAUAAAACCAA